AUGCUGGCUUAUUUAUUUGUUCUUACAUCUCUAUGUAAUUUUGCUAAUGGAGAUGAAAAGGAAAUAAAUGUUUGCGUAAAGUUUGUUCCCGGUGCACAAAAUGCUCUUAAACGAAGACCUACAGUACCUGUUGAAAAUUGCCAGGAUCGUGACGCGGCUUGCUCCCAAAUAUUCAAUAUUGCUAACAAUGAUGUAUAUGCGGAAAAUCUUAUGCCCAACAUGGAUUAUAAAGUUGCUGAAAAUUGCCAGAAACCUGAAUAUGGAAUGUUAGCUCGGCAAAUAUGCCCACGAACAUGUGCGACAUGUUGCUUAACUCGGGAAUAUAACUGCCAAAAUGUUGGAGGUGAGGACGGUCCAUGUAGAAAUUUUUCAAGGUUAAUGUGUGGUCAAUUCCCAAAUAUUGCGUUACAGUUUUGUCCACAAAUUUGCGGCCUUUGUCACUUACCUGGUGCCGCAAACAUGUGUCCUGACACUAUCGAUGGUUGCGAUAUUUUGGUGGGAUUGGGCAUUUGUACUGACAAUCGAUACAAGAAUUUAUGCCAGAGAUCGUGCUUCUCGCGAGAUUGCCUUACAAACCAAACAAGUGAGUUGCUGAUUGCUAUUGAAGAUUAA